CAUUGCCAGUGCGAGCAACAUAUCAGUGUAUAUUUUUGAAUUUUAAUGAUAAGAUAAAAGAUAGACGUAAAUAUGUAUGUUGUUAUUUUAUGUGUGUGUCUGUGCGACAGUGAAAAAUAAAAACGUGCAAUUAAUUUAAUUAGUGCUGUGGAUAAAUUAAUUUGCAAUGGCCAGAAGGUUGUCGACUUUUAUGUCUAAGAAAAUCCACAAAUGUUGUUUAUAUCAACGGCGAGAGGUCUCUCAAUAUUAUCCAAUAGACGAACAUGUUUUCGGGUUAAAUUCGGAACAAAUUCAACUUAGGGACACUAUAUUUACAGUUGCUCAAAAAGAAUUGGCACCGAAAGCGAAUGAAAUUGACAAAAAAAAUAAUUUCGAUGACCUUAGGAACUUUUGGAAAAAGCUCGGUGACCUUGGUGCAUUAGGAAUUACAGCACAAAGCGACUAUGGCGGUACAGAUGGAAAAUAUUUGGAUCAAGUAGUAAUCAUGGAAGAAAUAUCUAGAGCGUGUCCAGCGAUUGGUUUAUCUUACGUAGCUCAUUCUAAUCUUUGCUUAGGUCAAAUUCAUCGAAAUGCCACUAGGGAGCAGGCUAAAAAAUACUUGCCAAAAUUAUGUUCAGGUGAACACAUUGGGGCACUAGCAAUGUCUGAGCCAAAUUCUGGAUCUGACGUGGUCUCCAUGAGAUUAAAAGCAGAAAAAAAGGGGGAUUACUACAUUUUAAAUGGCACCAAGUUUUGGAUUACUAAUGGACCGGAUGCUGAUAUUCUAGUGGUUUAUGCCAGAACAGACCCCAAAGCCAAACCUCAACAUGGGAUAUCAACUUUUAUCGUCGAAAGGAAAUCCGCCGUUGGAUUUCGAAGUGGUGUCAAACUAGAUAAGCUUGGAAUGAGAGGCUCCAAUACAGGAGAACUAAUCUUCGAAGAUUGCAAGGUGCCCAAGGAAAAUCUUUUAGGGAGAGAAAACAAAGGUGUCUACGUUUUAAUGAGUGGUCUGGACCUAGAAAGGCUCGUAUUGGCAGCCGGCUCGGUAGGAAUUAUGCAAGCUUGUUGCGACGUAGCGUUUUCGUAUGCCCACGUAAGAAAACAGUUUGGUAAAAGGAUCGGAGAGUUUCAAUUAAUUCAGGGAAAAAUGGCGGACAUGUACACGACGUUGUCGGCUUGCCGUAGCUACCUCUACAGCGUUGCAAGGGCAUGCGACAACGGAAAAAUCAGCCCUAAAGAUUGCGCAGGCGUGUUUCUUUACUGUGCCGAAAAGGGGACUCAAUUGGCCCUCGAUGCCAUCCAGAUCCUGGGUGGUAAUGGAUACAUUAAUGAUUAUCCGACAGGAAGACUUCUUAGGGAUGCCAAAUUGUAUGAAAUUGGUGGAGGCACCUCAGAAAUAAGGAGGAUGGUGAUCGGGAGAGAAUUAAAUAAAGAAUAUUUUUGAAUAAAUAAAAUUUUUUGUAUUGAAUAA